GCGCAGCCCCAGGUGCCCCCACGUUCAGUUCUCCGACCCCCGCGGGCACAGUCGCCCUGUCCGCGCCGGGUCGCCGCCCCCAAGUGGCCUGCCCGGCAGGCUGGAGCAUGCCUGGUCCCCGAGGACGGCCGGUGGGCGAUGUCUGUGGCGGCGGAGGGGCCGGCGGCGGAGGCUGGGGACGCUGCGGGAGAUGCUGCGGGAGAUGCUGCCGGAGAUGCUGCGACCGUGGCUGUGGCAGCCGGGCCCGGGGCGCCCCUUCUCCUGGCCGGCAACCGGCUGAGCCUGGACCUGCACCCAGGGGGCUGCCAGCGGCUGUUGCGUCUCUGCGCCCAGCAGCCCCUUCAGCUGCUGGAGGUAGAGUUUCUGCGGCUCAGUGGCCACGAGGACCCUCAGCUUCUGGGGGCUGCGCUGGCCCAGGUGCCCCGGAGCCUGCCUCACCUGCGCUCCCUGGUCCUCAAAGGCGGGCACCACCGGGACGCACAGGGCGCCUGCCUCCGUGGCUCCCUGGCCACGCUGCCCGCCAGCCUGAGUGGCCUGAGCAGCUUGGCCCACCUGGAUCUGAGCUUCAACCGCCUGGAGACACUGCCGGCCUGCGUCCCGCAGAUGCUCGGGCUGCACGCCCUCCUGCUCUCGCAUAACCGCCUGUCCUCACUGCCUGAGGCCCUGGGGGCGCUCCGCAGCCUCACCUUCCUCUCGGCCACCCACAACAGCCUGCAGAGGCUGCCCUCCACCCUGGGGUCCCUGCCUGCCCUGCAGCACCUCCAUCUCUCUGAGAACCUUCUGGAAACCCUGCCCCCUGAGGUUGGGGCCCUCAGCAGCCUCGUUGAGCUCAAUCUGGCCUCCAACCGGCUGCAGCGCCUCCCGGCCUCCUUGGCACAGCUCCGGUCCCUGCAGCUGUUGGUCCUGCACAGCAACCUCCUGACGUCAGUGCCCGCCGGCCUGGCCCGCCUCCCCCUGCUCACCCGGCUGGACCUGAGGGACAAUCAGCUCCAAGACUUGCCCCCUGAGCUGCUGGAUGCCCCCUUUGUCCGCCUGCAGGGCAACCCCCUUGGCAAGCUCCCCGAGAGCCCCACAGGGACCCCUGUGGCUCCCGAGAUGCCCAGGCUGCUCCUGACCUCAGACUUUGACAGCUUCCCCGUGACGCCCCAGGGCUGCUCCGUGACCCUGUCCUGUGGCGCGCGCCUGCAGUUCCCAGAGGGUGCGACCGCCACCCCUGUCACCAUCUGCUACCGCCGGUGGCUGCCGGAGCCACGCCUGGUUCCCCUGGGCCCCCACGACUGCCUGCUCAGCGCUGUCCUGGAGCUGCAGCCCCACGGGGUGUCCUUCCAGCAGGACGUGGGCCUGUGGCUGCUCUGCGCGCCCCCGCGGGUCCGGCGCUGGCGCGAGGUGGUGGUCAGGACCCUGAGCGGCGACAGCUGGAGCGACUUAGAGACUCACCUGGAGGAGGAGGCGCCCCAGCGGCUCUGGGCUCACUGCCGGGUGCCUCACUUCUCCUGGUUCCUCGUCGUUUCGCGCCCGGUGUCCGACGCCUGCCUGGUGCCACCAGAGGGAGCGCUGCUGUACUCCUCGGGACACCCCGGGGUCAGGGUCACCUUCCCCCCGGGGGCCGCCCGGGAGCCAUGCCACGUCCGCAUGCAGGUGGUGCGUGUGGCGGCCCGGGAGCUGCGCACCCUGCUCCAGGAGCCGGAGGCGGCCGCCAGCCCCCUGCUGUGCCUCUCCCAGCGCGGGGCCCCGGGCUUCCUGCACCCUGUCACUGUGCAGCUGCCUCUGCCCCCCGGCGUCACUGGCCUGAGUCUGGACCGCGGCCGCCUGCGCCUGCUGCACUGGGCCCCUCCCGCCCUCGCCUGGGACGACAUCACGGCGCAGGUGGCGCUGGAGCUCACCCACCUGUAUGCCCGCUUCCAGGUCACGCACUUCUCCUGGUACUGGCUGUGGUACACCACCAAGACUUGCGUGGGCGGGCUGGCACGCAGGGCCUGGGAGCGCCUGCGGCUGCACCGCGUCAACCUCAUCGCGCUGCAGAGACGCAGGGACCCCGAGCAGGUGCUGCUGCAGUGCCUGCCCCGCCACAAGGUGGACGCCGCCCUGCAGCGGCUGCUGGAGCGGUACCGCGGCCCCGAGCCCUCGGACACCGUGGAGAUGUUUGAGGGCGAGAGGUUCUUUGCGGCCUUCGAGCGCGGCAUCGCGGUGGACGCAGAGCGCCCCGACUGCGUGGAGGGCAGGGUCUGCUUCGUCUUCUACUCGCACCUGAAGAACAUGAAGGAGGUGUACGUGACGGCCACCCUGGACCGGGAGGCGCAGGCCGUGCGGGGCCAGGUGUCCUUCUACCGGGGGGCGGUGCCCGCGGAGGUGCCCGAGGAGGCCGAGGCCGCCCGGCAGAGGAAGGCUGCCGACGCACUGUGGAUGGCCACGCUGCCCAUCAAGCUGCCGAGACUGCCGGGGGCCCGGGCUGGCCCCGCGCUGGCCCCGCUGAACCUGGGCGAUGCUGAGACCGGCUUCCUGACCCAGAGCAACCUGCUGGGCGUGGCCGGGCGCCUGGGCUUGGACUGGCCGGCAGUGGCUCUGCGCCUGGGGACGCCCUACAGCGAGGUGCAGCGCAUACGACACGCCUUCCGGGACGACCUGGACGGGCAGAUCCGCCACAUGCUCUUCUCCUGGGCUGAGCGCCAGGCCGGGCGGCCGGGGGCCGUGGGGCUCCUGGUCCAGGCCCUGGAGCAGAGCGAGCGGCAGGACGUGGCGGACGAGGUGCGGACUGUCCUGGAGCUGGGUCGCCGCAAGUACCAGGCGGGCAUCCGGCGCACCAGCUUGGCCGCCCCCGGCCCUUCAGCACCGUCUGCCCCAGAGCCUGCCCAGGCGUAGGCCUCGGCAGCACCCCCGCCCAGGCCCACGUGUAACACGACGCAGCCUGUCCGUUGUCUCCGUGUGCAGUUCAUUGGGUGAUGGCGGGGUGGGCACUGAGGGCACCCGGGUGUGGGCGGCCGGCUCCUGCCCCCUCCGCUCUCCCCGCACCUGCCAUCCCUUCCUGUGGAUGCUGAUCACGGGGGGAGGAGAGGAGCCCGGCGGCGGCUCGAUGGCCACCAAGUCAGCUCCUGGGGCCGGCCGCCAGCC